UUCCCUGCGGUGACCGUGAAACGCGUCGUGAUUCCGAUGGAGAGAGGCGCAUCCGUCGACUGCAAGAAAGUGGCCCCUCGGCGCCGGGCAGCUCCGAGCGUCAUCCCGUCGCUGUGCUCCGCGGCGUCCGUCGCCUUCUGCGUGGUGCUCAGCAUCCACGCCGCCGACGUGAGGCGCCGGCUGGCGGGCUUGGAGCGCGGCUCCCCCGCGGACGACUUGGACGCGUUGAUUGCGCAAAGAGUCGACGAGAUGCUCUCGCAGCGUUCUUACGAGCAAUUCGUCAAGAUCCGGAGCGCCCGGCAAGCGUCACCUGAAUGCAACUGCCCUCCAGGACAUCCGGGGAAGCGAGGAAGACGAGGCCGGAAUGGAGAACCUGGACCUCCUGGUCCUCCAGGUCCAAAGGGUGAAAAGGGGGAUCAAGGUGACCAGGGACCACGGAUGGUCUUCCCUAAGAUCAAUCACGGCUUUCUUUCCGCUGACCAGCAGCUCAUAAAGCGGCGUCUCAUUAAGGGGGAUCAGGGGCAAGCCGGACCACCCGGGCCUCCGGGGCCCCCAGGUCCUCCUGGCCCACGGGGGCCCCCAGGGGACACAGGCAAGGAUGGGCCGAGGGGGGUACCAGGCCUAACAGGUGAUCAAGGGAAUCCAGGGGAAAUCGGGCUCAUGGGACCCGAGGGACCUCCAGGACUCAAGGGUACACUGGGGCCUCCUGGUAUUCCAGGUGUUGAUGGACUGAAGGGGGAUCUUGGCGUCCCGGGACUGGACGGCAUCCCCGGAGCCAAGGGUGAAAUGGGAGAGCAAGGUGAAAAGGGUGAUAUGGGGGAAGAAGGACCAAAAGGUGAAAUUGGGGAGAAGGGGGAUGCAGGCUCCUCUGCAGCAGGCAUCAAGGGCGAACCUGGAGAGCCUGGAAGAAGCGGACACAAGGGAGAGCCAGGACUUCCAGGGCUGCCUGGACUCCCAGGGAUUAAGGGAGAGCCAGGAUUCUUUGGUCCCCAGGGAGAGCCAGGUCUCCCAGGCCUUCCAGGAACUAAGGGCGAGAGAGGCGAGCACGGAGCGCCCGGAAAAGGCGAACGAGGCGAAAUUGGACCCGUCGGGGCAAAGGGUUCGCAAGGAGAGGCAGGCACGCCUGGUCCCAAAGGGUCAAAGGGUGAAACUGGAGAUAGAGGAGACUUUGGGCCCGCGGGGCCAAAGGGCCCGCCUGGGCAAAAAGGAGACCAGGGGGCCACCGAAAUCAUCGACUAUAAUGGGAAUAUUCAGGAAGCAUUACAGAAGAUUACCACUGUUACAGUGACGGGCCCGCCGGGUCCUCCCGGGCCCAUAGGACCGCACGGAAUCAAGGGGGACCGUGGUUUGCCUGGCCUCCCGGGACUUGACGGAGAACGCGGCUACAAGGGUUCCAAGGGAGACAUGGGAAUGCCAGGAGCGUCGGGAGACAAAGGAGCAACCGGUUUACCUGGUUUACCUGGUGUGAAUGGUGUGAAAGGAGACAAGGGAGAUUCUGGUCUCCCAGGUCCACAAGGUUCUUCAAUUAUUGGCCCUCCAGGGGUGCCAGGACCUCAUGGGCCCCCGGGACCUAUGGGACCCCACGGUUUCCCCGGACCAAAGGGCGAGCCCGGUUUGCACGGUACCAAGGGGGCACGUGGGGAACCAGGCCAUAAGGGAGACCGAGGACCAUUAGGUCUCCCUGGCACCGACGGACCUUCAGGUCCAGCCGGUCCGGCCGGCCCAAAGGGGGACAGAGGGGAGCGAGGGGCGGCGGGGGACCCGGGACCGAGGGGACCCUACGGAUUGCCUGGAGCAGCGGGAACACCGGGCUUGGAUGGGUUGCCGGGUUUGAGAGGAGAGAAAGGCGACGUUGGGGAAAGAGGAGAGAAGGGUUUCCGGGGAUUUAAGGGUGAAAAGGGGGAGCCAGGGCAGCCAGGUCUGGACGGGCUGGAUGCCCCGUGCCAAUUGGGUCCCGAUGGCUUGCCGAUGCCUGGCUGCUGGCAGAAGGUAAGAGACUGAGCAAACCAUUGUUUUGAGGAGAAAGGAAAUUUGACAUUUACGUGGCUUCUCUGAGUUUGUUAUCGUCACCCAUGUUGUUUUUUUGCAUGGUCUUUUUGUCAAAAAAAAGAGAGAGAAAAGUUGUAACGUGAGCAUUCAUGUGGUUCUCGUUUUUUUUGUUUUUGUUUU